UCUCUCCUGUUUUCUUCUCCUUAUAAUAAACCAGAUCGCCUCCUCCUCCAAUCUCCUCUUCCUCCUCCUCGUAGAUCCACCGUCGUCCUCCGUCAAUCUCUUCACACCGAAGAACCAAAAUCGCUGCCUUGUGGGAUCCUUUUGUUUUUGGAGUUGUUAUGGACUAUCUUCCUGUAGAAGUUAUUGGAAACAUACUCUCACGUCUCGGUGGAGCUCGAGACGUGGUGAUUGCUUCCGCCACCUGUAGAAAAUGGCGUGAAGCUUAUCGUAAACACCUCCAGUCCCUUACUUUCAAUUCCGCUGAUUGGCCGUUUUAUCGAGACCUCACAACCAACCGUCUCGAGAUCCUUAUAACUCAAACCAUUUUCCAAACCACGGGGUUACAAGGUCUCUCCAUUGUGAUGGACGAUGCUAACAAGUUCUCGGCUGGUACUGUUAUGGCUUGGCUUAUGUAUACUAGGGACACGUUGCGUCGUUUGUCUUAUAACGUUCGAACCACUCCUAAUGUUAACAUUCUUGAGAUCUGUGGGAGGCAAAAGCUUGAGGAUUUGGUUUUGGCUCACAACUCGAUUACUGGUGUUGAACCUAGUUUUCAGAGGUUUCCUUGUUUGAGAUCUCUUUCGUUGAGUUAUGUUAGUAUUUCGGCUUUGGAUUUGAAUCUUUUGCUUAGUGCUUGUCCGUUGAUUGAGAGUUUGGAGCUUGUGAGUCUUGAGAUUGCGAUGUCGGAUGCUCAAGUGACGAUUGAACUUAGUAGCCCGACGCUGAAGAGUGUUUAUUUCGAUGGGAUUAGUUUGGAUAAGUUCAUCUUGGAAGCUGAUAGUAUUGAGUUCUUGCAUAUGAAAGACUGUGUUCUUGAGCUUUUUGAGCUUAUAGGAAACGGGACUUUGAAGCAUUUCAAGCUCGAUGAUGUUAGUGUGAUUCAUCUUGAUAUCAUGGAAACUUCUGAAAGCCUUGAAGUUGUUGAUGUUAAUCACUUUACGAUGGUUUGGCCAAAGUUUUAUCAGAUGAUCUCAAGAUCACAGAAACUUAGGAAACUCCGUCUGUGGGAUGUGGUCUUUGAUGAUGACGAUGAGAUUAUCGAUCUUGAGUCCAUUGCUGCUGGUUUCUCUCAACUGACCCAUCUUUCUUUAAGCUACGACCUGAAAGAUGGAGCUGCUCAUUACAGUUUGCAAGGGACGACUCAGUUGGUGAACGUGACUGUGCUGGAGCUCGGAUGGACCUUGAUCAAUGAUGUUUUCUCAAUCUGGGUCGAGGAGUUGCUGAGAAGAUGUCCGAAUCUGAAGAAGCUGAUCAUUUAUGGGGUUGUCUCAGAAACCAAAACACAAGGAGAUUGUCAAAUUCUGGCUACAUUCACAUGGUCCAUUGUUCAACUCAUGAGGAAAUACAUUCAUGUCGAGGUACAAUUCGAGUACGAGUAAACGAUUCUUCUUCUCGAUGUUGUUAUUGAAAACAAGUUGAAACAUGUGUAAAAAGAUUUGAAUAUUUGGAUUUUUGAAGUCUUUUUGAACUUAAUGUGAAUAUAUCUUCAUUCCCUGCUC